CAUUGGCACCAGCAUCGCUCUUCCUCCAGGUGGUCCUGGGUAAAGCAACUGACAGGAAGACGUCUGCAGAGGCCUGCGGUCCGAAUCGCCGAACAUGAAGGGUAUCCUCGUGCUAGCCUGCAUUGCUGCAGUCAUGGGGCGUCUGGCGGCGGCGACGCUCCCCUCGACGCUCAUCGUGGGCGGCUCUGAAGUGGCGCCGCACGCCAUCCCGUCGCAGGCCUCGCUGCGCUACAACGGGGUGCACAUCUGCGGCGCGGCCCUCAUCCGGACCAACUGGGUCAUCACCUCCGCGCACUGCUACAAAGCCGCACAGAAUCUGAAGGUCGUCUUGGGAGACCACUCGAUGUCCAAGGCGGACGGCACGGAGAAGACCUUCUCGGUGUCGCGCGUUGUCCGCCACGAGAAGUUCAACAACGUCACCAACGACAACGACGUCAUGCUCGUGAAGCUCUCGACCAACGUCGCCCUCAACGCGAACGUCCAAUUGGUGGCCCUGCAGACGAGCGCCCUACCGCCUGGAACGCUGUGCAACGUGUCGGGCUGGGGCACCCUCCAGGAGAGCAGCAACAAGGGUUCGGACGUUCUCAGAGCCGUCACUGUGCCCAUUGUGAGCAAUGCGCUCUGCAACAGCACGCUGUACUACCGCGGAUUGAUCACAGUCAACAUGCUGUGCGCUGGCUUUGACCAAGGGGGGAAGGAUGCCUGCCAGGGUGACUCUGGCGGCCCCCUCAUAUGCAGCAAUAAGCUCAAGGGAUUGGUGUCGUGGGGCCUUGGAUGCGCCCGACCCCGCUACUUUGGAAUCUACACGGAUGUUUCUCGCUUCAUUUCCUGGAUUAACAAGAUACUUGCCACCUACUGAGUCGACGCAUGGCCACAAUCGCAUGAAGGCAUGAGAUGAAUCAUCUUAGUGGCAGCCAAAUGAGUUAUGUAAAUGGAUUGACUGACAGACAGAGCAAUUCUUUAAUCAGACUUCCAACCCCUGCCAAACCGAAGUUGUGUUUGACACGUAGGUUUUUGGAGCCAAUGUCAUGAUUCACGAUGGUGUCACUUGUUAUUCAGAACCACUUCGUCACCCGACAAAGCCGAAGACAUGUAUUUUCACGAGUACAAUUACAAGCGUUUAACAAUGGGCCAGUUAUAGUUUCAGCUCCCCAGAUGUGAUUAUGUGCGACAUUUCGUUUGAGACUACGUCAGACAUCGGGACACGAUUCGGGAAGGCAGAAAUGAACCGCGUCACCAGACCCGGCUUCUUAAAUAAAUUUAUUAAAUUUUUAUAAUGAUAUUAAAUUAAGGAAAUGACGAUCACGACUUUGACACCUGGACAUUUGGAGUUUGCAUGUUCUCGCUUUGGUCGCGUGGAUAUUUCUCCGUGUCCUCUGGUUUUUUUUCUCCGCAUUUACAAGCAUGCUUUUAGAGUGUUUUGCUGCUAUAAAUGUCCACGUAAUAAGCCACUUUGUUGAGCUAUCAUUUGUGGCCAGGUCACUUCUGAAAAAAAAGCUGUACAGCUCUGUGGGCCUUACCCGGUAAAAUAACAAAUAGUGUCAGUUUACGUGGUAUGGUGAUUCUAACUUCCUAGAUCUUGCCUGAUGAUGGUUGACGCAGUUUCAAAUGAAAUGUCGCCUACCUAAUUGCUGCUAAGUUUUGUUUGCGAGAUUUGUUCUUUAACUCACCGGUGACCUGUGAAAUAAUAAUCAUUCGCGCGUCGUUGAACACUUUGUACGUGCGGCAAUUAGUGUGAUUGGCUUGGUCAGGCGGCGGAGGGACUUCACGACAAAUGUUGUCAGGUGACGACUCCGAGGCCUAACCCAAACAUUGAGCGACUGACGCAAGUCUCGCUGUGCUCGCAACGCAGCCGACGUGGCCCGAAUUCAUCUCACAGGCAUGCCAUCACCUCAUUCCUUCACAUGCCUCAUAUUCUUGGCUGCCAUUCCAUCCCGAGUUGUGUCCAUCGAUGUCCCUCUUAACAACGUGAUGCGCUGAAGUCCUUUUUUGCGUGUUUUUUUAUCAUAGCAAUUAUUAAGUUUUUGGAUUCUUGGGUGUUUUUUUUGUAAUCAAAGUGUCACGUGUAUCUUUCUUGCAGUGGAUUUACUGAAUGUAUUUUAUACUGUAGUUGGACCUUGGAGCUUAUUUAUAAUCUGCGUGGUUUUCACUUGUUUAUAUCACUUUUUUUGUGGUUAUGAGCCGGCAACGUUCACGAUGAAUGACUGCGUUGACCAGACCUUGUCACUGAUAGUAAAAUGGAAAGUCUCCACAUCGACUCGA